UCACUUUGCCAGCAGCAGCAGCAGUCAGUCAGUCAGUCAGUCAGUCAGUCACACGGACUCAAGUCAUCUCUGAUCCGCAGAGAUUCUCGUUCAGUCCCUUCGUGUAUUUACAGCCACUACUGCGAAAAACAACUACACAAAAUGGAUACGAACUGCUCUUCUCGAAUAACAGCCGUUUGGAGAUAAGAGGGCGGAAACGCGAGUAAAACAGACGGCGGAGAAAGAAAAACAGACGAGGAGCGCGAGAAGGCCGAACCAUUGAGGGAGCGCGAGAGCAGCUUAGUUUCUCACGCGACAGAAGCGCGGCGCUCAAGUGGUUUUUGGGCUCAAAGCAACGAGGACGAAAACACGCCCGUAGCAACCAGUACAUGUGGAUUAACGUUAUUCGUGGAAAUUUCUUUAUUUCUUUCUCCACAGAAACUACAUAAACGUCCGGUAGCGACAGACCUUCACCUUCCGCGGAGUGGUCGGUGACUGCCAGGACUCAACACCCCAUGAUGCACAGCGUUUGUGACAAGACCACACCCACUUUUAGAGUGUAGAGGAAGUUGCAUCGUCAGCAUGUCCUCGCACCCUCAGUCAGUGCCUCAGGGUCGGAGGGCAGUGGAUGCUCGUCACCUUCCUAGUCCUGCCACCCUUCCUCUGCAGCUGAGAGCCCAUACGGAUGUCGGUGGACUGGUGGACUACCACCCUCAUGCUCGGGACUACGGUUCCCAUCUGCCCCAUGGAUCCCUGUCCCAGCCUCACCGCCGCAGACCAUCCCUUUUGUCUGAAUUUCAGCCAGGCAGUGAAAGAGGUCAAGAGCCCCACAUCCGAUAUGAACACAUUUACCUGCAGGAUCCUAACAGCCAAUCAGAAGUGGAGUACUCUGAGAUGAAGCGCCCUCGCUUGGAAAUCGGGACGGAGUCUCUUAUUCGUCACUCGGCCCAUCGUCAGCCCCUCACUGUGGGUGCAGCUGAGGAAAUGGCAAAGGAGCACAACAGCAGCAGUUCCAUUGGAAAGAUUGAGCCCAUCUCUCCUGUGAGCCCGGUGCCCAUGGAGGCCGACCUGGACCUGGUUCCCACCCGCCUCUCCAAAGAGGAGCUAAUCCAGAACAUGGACCGCGUGGACCGGGAGAUCACCAUGGUGGAGCAGCAGAUCUGCAAAUUGCGUAAAAAACAGCAACAACUGGAGGAAGAGGCUGCGAAACCCCAGGAGCCAGAGCGCACCAUCUCACCUCCACCAAGUGAAGCCAAACACCGCAGCCUUGUCCAGAUCAUCUAUGAUGAAAACAGGAAAAAGGCAGAGGAGGCUCACCGGAUCCUAGAGGGACUUGGACCUCGAGUAGAGCUGCCUUUGUACAACCAGCCGUCUGAUACCAAACAGUACCAUGAGAACAUCAAGAUAAAUCAGGCAAUGAGGAAAAAGCUCAUUCUGUAUUUCAAAAGAAGAAAUCAUGCUCGGAAGCAGUGGGAACAGAAGUUCUGUCAGCGCUACGACCAGCUAAUGGAGGCCUGGGAGAAGAAAGUCGAGCGCAUUGAGAAUAACCCACGCCGCAGAGCCAAAGAGAGCAAAGUGCGGGAGUACUAUGAAAAGCAGUUUCCUGAGAUCCGUAAACAGAGAGAGAUGCAGGAGCGCAUGCAGAAUAGAGUGGCUCAGCGAGGUGGAGGUCUGGCUUCUGCGGCCCGCAGCGAACAUGAGGUUUCUGAGAUCAUCGAUGGCAUUUCAGAGCAAGAGGAAUCAUCAUCCUUGAACUCAGAGAAGCAGAUGCGUCAGUUAGCCGUCAUUCCUCCCAUGUUGUUUGAUGCCGAACAGCAGAGGAUAAAGUUCAUCAACAUGAACGGGCUGAUGGAUGAUCCCAUGAAGGUCUACAAAGAUAGACAGGUCAUGAACAUGUGGAGCGAACAGGAGAAGGACACUUUUCGUGAGAAGUUUAUCCAGCACCCAAAAAACUUUGGCCUGAUAGCCUCCUUUCUGGAGAGAAAGACUGUGGCUGAGUGUGUCCUGUUCUACUAUUUGACUAAGAAGAAUGAGAACUACAAGAACAUCGUUCGCAGGAACUAUCGUCGCCGAGGCAGGAGCCAGAAUAACCAACAGGCACAGCAACAGGUGAACCGCAACAACCAGGAGGAGAAAGAAGAAAAAGAGAAAGAGAAGGAGGCAGAGCGUGAGGAGGAAAAAGCAGAGGGAGAUGAAAAAGAGGAUGGCAUUAAAGAUGACACCUCUGGUGAGGAUGGGGAGGAGAAAGAGCCUCCUGUAGCCGUUAAAGGCCGUCGAACCGCAAACAGCCGCGGACACCGGAAAGGACGAGUCACUCGCUCUAUGACCAACGAGCAGGAAGAGAACACUUCACCUCUCAGCAGUGAGCUAGCAAACCUGGAGAUGAAUGAAAGCUCUCGCUGGACAGAAGAGGAGAUGGAGACGGCAAAGAAAGGUCUGCUCCAGUAUGGCCGAAACUGGUCCGCCAUUGCCAAGAUGGUGGGCUCCAAAACAGUCUCCCAGUGCAAGAACUUCUACUUCAACUACAAGAAGAGACAGAAACUGGAUGAGAUUCUGCAGCAGCAUAAAAUAAAAUCGGAGAGAGAGCGUAAAGCCAGGCGUAAAGGUAAAGCUCUUCAGAACGAGGAGGCCAGCGCUCCAUCUGCUGCGGAGGAAGAGGAGAUGGAGGGAUCGGGAGUCAGCGGCAAUGAAGAAGAGGCUCAAGAGGAUGGAGAGGGUGGAGCCAAUAACAGCUCAGACACCGAGAGCCUCCCUUCCCCACGCUCCUCUGAUGACAGCAAGGUCAAAGAAGAGGGCUCGGCGCGGCCCAAAACUGCACCCAACACCACUUCCUCCUCAUCCUCCAUGGACAAGGACAUGGCAGCUGUGGAGACAGGGCCGGAUGAGAAGCCAAAAGUGGAGAGGGGAGAAGGGGAGCAGGGAGGAGUGAAGCAGGAAGUGAAGACCGAACCAGGCGAGGGUGGUAAGGAGGUGGCAGGAGAGGAUAAGAAGCCUCCUGUCCUGGAAGUGGAGGAAGGCAAGAAAGAGGUCAAGAAGAAAGAGCACGGAGGAAAGAGCGGAACUCACGACAGCGACUCCAGCGCCACAUGCAGCGCCGAUGAGGUGGAGGAGACUGAAAGCUCAGAGAAGAACAGGCCGAGUUUGUUGAGUUUCGCCCAUGAUGGAGUGAUCUCUUCUGCAGUUCAGAAACCGCUGGACCUCAAACAGCUCAAGCAGAGAGCGGCCGCCAUACCUCCCAUAAUGCCAGAGGUGUCGGUAGCAGGACGCGAUAACCGGCCUGGGUUACUAGGGAAGCAGCAGGCUAUGCCCCAUGCUCUUGCAUUGUACCAGCAGCAGAUUACCAUGGCACAUGAAUCCUCCCAAGAGGCCAAACAGCAGCAGCCACAGCCAACCAAAUCUCAGCAUUAUCCAGGGGGCGGGGACUCCAGCAGCCCACGGGUCAGGACUCGCAGCCCUGGUGUCUCUGACAGAGAGAGAGAGGAGCUGGAGUGGAACGAGAGAUGGCUUCAGGCUCUGCUACAUGGAUUACAUAAAUCCAGGGCGUUCUCUCCUCUUGCGGACGGUAAAAAGAUUCCCGGGGCUGAUGACAUUCGGGCUGUAGGUCUAGGCCGGCCAGUGAUGUCACCGUACCAGCUCUCGCCAAGAGACAUGGCCAAAUUCAGCCACGAACAGCUGCUACACUACAAUCCCUCAUUGGCUCCCUCUCUACAGCCACAGGAGAGAAUGGCUGCAGUGCGGCCUCUACAUAUCCCAGAACCCCCUCCUCUCAUCUCCUCUGCCAAACCUGGUGGCUCUAUCACGCAGGGUACUCCAGUGCAAUUGCACAACCCAUCUCAUGGCUCCGACCACGGGAAAAUCCCAGCACCAGGAUCCUUGGCUCUCUCCUGGAUGGACCAGAGGAAAAUGGGAGGGUUUCCAGUGGUUAAACAAGAGCAGUUGUCUCCACGUAGCGCUGCCUCCUCUCAGGCUGAGAAUCUCUCCACACAGGACAGUGCUGCAUCGCGGGGCCCCAUGCCAGCUGUUCAGGGUGGCAGCAUCACAAAGGGCAUCCCUGGCACACGUGUGCACCAAGAAACUCCCAUAUCAUAUAGAGGAGGUUCGAUCACUCAGGGCACUCCUGCAGAUGUUUUGUAUAAGGGCACAAUAACCCGUCUAAUCACUGAGGACAGCCCCAGCAGGGAGAGAAGCAGAGAAGACACUCCUUCCAAGGGGCGUGUAGUCUAUGAGUGCGACGGUGCACACAUCCUUUCCUUUGACCGGGGUCCAAAUUCUAAGGAAGAGGGUCGUGGGGACAUGGCUGGGAUGAAGAGAUCCUAUGAGAUGAUGGAGGUUGGCAUUUCUCGUGGGCCACCCAUCAGAGAGUCGCUAUCUGCCACUGAAGGCUUGAUCAGUCGAGCAAUGCCUCAUGAGCGUGAUAGUCCUCAUUUACACCACAUCCGUGGAUCCAUAUCCCAAGGAAUCCCACGGGAUGACUGUCAGCGUCGGGAGGUUAAACAGAUGAAAAGAGAGGGCUCUCCAUCACCCCGUGGCCCUGGUCAUCCCUCUGAUUCUCUUAAACCACGCUCUCAUGAGAGUAUGGUGCCCACAGUCAAAGAGGCAGGACGCUCCAUCCACCUGAUCCCUCCUGAGGGGGUCGUGAUAGGCAAGCCCAAAGAGGGCUCAAUCACGCAGGGCACCCCUCUGAAACAAGAGCCCAUUGGUUCAUCCAAGCGGCAUGACGUACGCUCCAUCAUCGCCAGCUCUCCUCGACCUUACUCCGGACUGGCCCCUCAUCUAGAACUCAGAACUGAGCACAGAGGGUCUGACAGGGCCCGCUAUGAGGAGGUGGGGAGCAAAUCCCGACCCAGCGCUGUGGUCAGCGCCCCCAGCUCUCUGUCCCGUGCCUCCCCACUGGCGAUGAGUGGAGAGCAGAGCAGCAGACCCCACCACAGUCCAGUGGGCUAUGAAGAUCACAAAAGAUCUGGCUAUCCUCCACCCUCUCACAGAGCCUCUCCAUUGUCCAGCAGAGAAACCUCACAGCGUGCACAUGAAGGCUCUAGUAAGGCCCAGCAGCAGGAGAGAAAGGCCACUCCCACCCCUCGAGACUCGAGCUCUACUAAGUCUCCACUAACGGUGGGUGAGCACACUGCGUCUUUGGCCUAUGAGAGGAUCCUGCAGGGGCUGGGAACAGAGAUGUACCACCGUGGCCAGAUACCUCUAUCAUUUGACCCUGCAACUCUGCCCAGGGGCAUCCCAAUUGACCCAGCGUAUUACCUGCCCCGUCACCUGGCCCCCGCUCCAGGCUACCCUCACCCCUAUCCACCCUAUCUGAUCAGAGGUUUCCCUGAAACAGCAGCCUUGGAGAACAGACAAACUCUCUUCAACGACUACAUUACCUCCCAGCAGAUGCACCAAUGGCCCGCCGCUGCUGCCAUGGCUGCCCAGAGACCUGACCUGCUCAGAGGUCUCACCCCUCGAGAACAGUCCCUUAACUUAGCCUACUCACCCACACCUAGAGGAACAUCUGCAUCUCCCAUGGAUCGUAUCACAGGAUACAUCCCAGGAACCUCUCCAGGUUUCCCCAGCGGAGCCUACAACACCUCUCCAAUCUCUCCAGUGGGAGCCUCUCACAUGAGCAAGAUCCAAGGCAGUUCGACGUCCUCAGAGAGAGAAAGAGAACGAGAGAGGGAGAGGGAGAGAGAAAGAGAGCGCGAAAGAGAGAGGGAUCGCGAGAGAGAGCGAGAGAGGGACAGGGAGCGAGAACGAGAGAGAGAACGUGAAAAAGAUCGGGACAGGGAAAGGGAAAGAGACAAGUCUCUCGGUCAUGGUAACGUGGAGCAUGCCCCUAUAUGGAGACCAGGAGCACCAGAACAAAUGGGCGGCAGCAGCAGUUCUCGUCCACCUUCUCAUCCAUACAGUCACCAGUCGUCCCCGCUCUCCCCUCGUCCCCAGGACAACCUGCAGCAGAGACCCAGUGUCCUGCACAACACCAGCUCUAAGAGCCUUACCAACUCUGAGCACAACAGUCCCUCUGUGCUGCGGCAACCAGGUUCUGCUCGCUACCCGGGCUUCAGUGGGCACCUCCAGAGGUCUGGUUUACCCAGCGAGGGUUACUCAUCCGGUACGGACCCAAACUCUAAAGACUCAAGCAGAGAUGGGGGCAAAAGCCAUGGGCGAGGAGGUCUGCCCAAACAUCAGGACCUUUCAUCCUCUUCCAAGUCUGACCCCAAGUUGGCAAGUCCUGGUGGGGCAUACCCGUACAGCCAGGCCUCUGGUGCCCACCUCGGGCUGUCCACGAGUCGAGGGCACCCCAUGCUGGCUCCCGAAAGCAACAGCGGCAGCAGUUCCAUCCCGUCCCGCGGUGGGGACGGCGUCAGCAGCGCGUCAAGUAGGGAAAAGACUCAAAACAAAGUGAUGUCCAUACAGGAACACGAACUUCGAGCACUCGGUAAGACCACCAUGACAGCGGCCAACUUCAUAAACGCGAUAAUCAUGCAUCAAAUUUCUUGUGAUGCGGCGAUGCCAGAGACUGGUGCGCUCGCGACCAACGGCACCUGUGAUGCUCAUCAAAAGGCACUGGAACAGCUGUACGGGUCUGAGGACAGACUUUCUCCAGGUCAGCAGCCAUCCUCUGCCGUCAAAGGCUCUCAGAGAGUGGUCACCCUCGCCCAGCACAUCAGUGAGGUGAUCACUAAAGACUACACGCGCCAGUCACAGCAAGGUCAGAUGGGAGGUCAAUCAUCUCUGCAGCCUGUGUUUGGGUAUCACAACUCCCCUGUGCUGGAUCUCACCCGUCCACCCAGCACUCCCCAAGCCCAGACACCGACCGAACCCAACGCCCGCUACACCCCAGAAGGCACUGCUGCGGAGAGGGAGAGAGGGAGAGACAGGUCUCCUCCUCAGAGUAAGGCGUCUCCAGUGAGUCUGGCUGCUGAUGGGAUUGAACCGGUUUCACCACCAGGGGUUUCGGAGCCUGAGAUGCCAGGAGCCGCCUACCCCAAUGAACAAGCAGAGCAAGGUAUGGGAUCUCGUUCUCCGGCCAGUAGCUCUCAACCACCAGCCUUCUUCAGUAAACUGACUGAGAGCAACUCCGCCAUUGUCAAGAGCAAGAAGGAAAUGAUUAAAAAGAUGGUGGUUGGAGCAGAGGCUGAAUUCAACCAGGGCCAACCUGGGACAGAAAUCUUCAACAUGCCUGCCUCUACAAAUGCAGGACCUGUGAGUGUGCGCAGUCACCCGGCACCAGAGGCCAGUGGUAAUACUAUAGGUCUGGAGGCCAUCAUCAGGAAAGCCCUCAUGGGUAAAUAUGAUGAACAGAUGGACGAUCGCUCGCAGUCCAACUCCGUCAACUCGAUGAGUGCUGGCGGACCAGCUGCUGUCGUGCCGCCAGCUUCAGCGGAUGGGCGUUCUGAAGACCCCUACUCCCUGCCAGGUAAAUCCAAAGGGGGGCGCUCUAAUGGUCGGAAGACUAAGUCUCCUGGUCCUGGUCUGUCUGGAGGUGAGAGACCUUCAUCUGUGUCCUCUGUCCACUCUGAGGGAGACUGUAACCGUCACACCCCACUCACCAACAGAGUGUGGGAGGACAGGCCCUCAUCUACAGGCCCCACUCCAUUCCCCUGUAACCCCCUGACCAUGCAGAUGCGUCUCCCCAGCGGGAUCAUGCCAGGACCUUCACCUUCCCCUACACAUCCAGGCUCUUCGGCUCCCACACAGGGCCAGACUCAACCCCGCACUUGGGAGGAAGAACCCAAACCUCUGCUGUGCUCUCAAUACGAGACCCUGUCAGACAGCGAGUGAACACAACUCAUGCCGCGUACACUAGGACUGAACGUUUGCUGCUUUAUGAACAGAAACUUGUUACUGUAAACAGGGAUGUUCGUGAACACACACGUACUCAUGUCCACUCUGACACACACUUAUGGGAACAUGCAUCCAUCUGCGCUCAUGCCCUCUGAUACCUCUACACACAUAUUCAUGCAUACAGAGACACACAUCCCGUUAUCAAUCCAUAGCACUCAAGCCGUUAGUGAAAGAGCAUUACAUGGCCACGUGUGUUGAUGUGUCCGUGUAUGCGCACACAUGUAUUAGCGUGUGCCGUCACUCCAGGACUACUCGUUGGAAAAAUCACUUUUUACUUUUUUUUUUUUUUUUUUUUUUUGGUGUGUGUGUGUGUAUAUAUACACACACACACACACACACUUUGUGUAGUUUUGCUGGCCUUAUAAGAGUUGACUCAUGGACUCGUCUGUUUUGUUGACACAUUUUGGAGCAUUCCUCAUUAGACUGCUCAGGACACAUACUCUUAUACUGUAAUACAACUGCAAACUGUUUUUUUUUUUUUUUUUGUGUGUGUGUGUGUGUGUGUGUGUGUGGCAUAAUGCAAAGGCUGGAUGAAUCCUCUGCAGAAACACAUACGUCCUCUUAGUUCUCAUAUGCAUCUGUAGCCCUUCAUUAUGGUUUCUGGGAGUGUUCAUGUGUUGCAAACAUGACUCUGUAAUUUUUUUGUAACUGAUUUGAUGCUGUUGGGCCAUCCGAUUGUGUGUGAUGAAACAAGACCUUCAGAGAGGCAGAUUAGCUGAUCCCUGUGCUAAACCGUGCUGGUUUUGAAGCAAAUUUCAUCCUGUAACAUUCUGUCCUUACCUUGCUAUUUCAGAGAGUUUACAUGGGCGACCAUAUCAUUGGUUUACAGGGUACACAUAAUGUUCAUUUUUUUUUUUUUUUUACAUUAAACCUUCAUUUUUUACUUUAGUUUUGACACUCAGAAAUGACUCUAGCUGACCAACAAUUUUCUUUUCUGUCAUCUCUGUGAUAGCUGAUGGGAGACGUUUCGUUUAGUUUUGAACUAUUUUGGAUUGGUUUUUUUAUGUAAAUGAAACUUGAUUGCAUGUUUUUUUUGUAAUGAGUUAAGCACUUAGUCAGCAAACGGUUCCUGUUGGUGUCCUUCAACAAAUGCCGACCCGAAUGCAACUUUUUACACAGCAUUUAAUUUAGUUAAUUUCUUAUACAGUAUUUUGUUGAUUUGUUUCUUCACCUACCCUGUCAAGUGUUCCACUCUCCAGCGACAAUCACUGGCAGAGAGUUGAGCGAGUGGACGCGUCUUUAGAGGAUGCUGCUUUAUCAGGUCUGAAUGUCCCAACAAACCUGAUGUUUUUCACGUCAACUAUUUGUUCAAGAGUUAAAGCCAUGCUGUCUGGCCAGUCCUUUGACAUGACACUCACUGAGAGCUGCUUUACUUUCGCUCUUUGUGCUUGAACGAAGGGUUCGGGUUGUUUUUUUUCCCCCCGUGGGCUCAUAUGAGAUGAUAUAUCCUGCGUAAUAGAAUAAAGAGGUGAGCAGACGCCACACCUCAUAUAACCUGUAGUCCUUCACUCUGUACAGUUUUAAAGAUAAUUCUAGUGUUAAGUGCCAUGUAUUUGACAUACAUUUCUGAAGUUAAAACUACCAAGUGACUACGCACAACAGUUUUUUUUUUUUUCUUUCUUUCUUUUUUUAUUGUUUGCUCCUUGUUAUGCCAGGGUUGUACAAUUUGUCACACAGGCACAAUUUAAAAUCGUGAAGGAGACAUUGACUGUGUCAGUCUCUCUAAACGCCUCUUUUUCGGACCACCUCAGUGGUGGGGUUACUAAUUGUUUUGCAUGCAUAUUAGAUAUAAUGAAAUGUUUUAAUUCAUAUUGUUUGACUUUUAUUUGUCACAUGGUUUUACUAUGAAAGGUAUCUUUAACAGUUCAAACUGCAAUAUUCAUUGUAACCGCCAGACUUGGGGAUAUUUUUGGAAGCCAAUUAAAAGAUGAAACUUAAAGUUCAGCAGUGGGUUUUAUCCGGUUUGAGGGCUUUUGUUGUUGCUUUGGUGGUCAAGGACAGUUUUAGUGCACUACCUAGUGUGGUUUUGUAAAAUGGGCUUUAUCUUCAGUCACUUCAAUCCCAAAUACACUCUCAUCAAGGUCCCCAAACGGGGUCUGCGAACAGUAGCUAUUCUUUUUUUUAACCUUAACAUCCACACAAACAUCCCAGAAUGCUCUGAUUUUGAGAUUCAGUCUCUGACAUAUCACUCCAGACAGUAUUGUAUUUAGUGGACAAGUCACUCUAAAGUUCAGUGUUUUCUUGUAUAGCGAGCCCUUUUUUCCUCUAUAUUGACUGUUUGUUUGACCUUUUGCUGAGGACAGUAUUGCACUUUCCUUAGACGAGGCGCUGUUUUAUUUGUAACCAAUAAACGUAAACGAAGCUGAGAGAUUAAAACGAAUGAAGGGGAGCGAGAUGGGAAAACAGCGGUAAUAGUCGCCCCUCUUUAGAAUGGAAAGGUUAAGUGGGUAUUUGGGUGGCAUCUGUUUUUGUACAACCAUUUUGUGCAUAUUCCUUUUCUUUUUUUUGUAUUAAGACCCACUGUAUUAUAGCGAGGAGUGUAAAUAGACCUAAAAGGAUGUAAAUAUUUAUGUGAUUUGCUGCAAGAUUGAUAUUCACACUGUUGUAUUUCAACAUGGCCACCAGCAAGCUUUGUGGAUAGCAGUGUAAAAAUUAAACCGGAAAAAAAAAACAGACACUGCCUUAAUGUUUAAAUAAAAAGCUUAUUGCCAUCGA